GAAAGACUUCAAUUCAGUUUGGCCAAGACAACGAACCCGAAAAGAGCUGCGCGGACGAGACGGCAGUGAAAAGAGAGAGAAACGUCUUACAAAACGCCGAACAUUGGCCACUCCGCCCCAAGAUUGGGGGCUAGCACCGACCGUGGGAGAUGUCUGCGAUGCGGCAUCGCCCGAUGGCCCCUCCGGGGCAAGGAGCCGGAGCGGGAACCGCCGGGGAGCACGGCGACAGCGACGACAACAACUUCACCGAUGACGAGAGCUCGCCCCUGACUCACGACAUCUAUGGCGGCAGCCAACGCACCAUACAAGAGACAAAAGGUUGGGAUGUGUUCCGGGAUCCGCCGAUCAAGAUUGAGACCGGAUCGACGGCGAACCAGGAGUGCUUAGAAUUAACCGUCAAGAUCUUAAAGAUCUUCGCCUAUGUGAUUACGUUUAUCAUAGUUUUAACCGGCGGCGUCAUCGCCAAGGGCACAAUGCUCUUCAUGACCUCGCAAGUGCGCAAGGAUAAAAAGAUGGAGUACUGCAAUAAAGACUUGGGUCGGGACAAGAGCUUCGUGGUGCGGCUCCCAGAGGAGGAGCGAGUGGCCUGGAUCUGGGCGCUACUGAUAGCCUACGCCUUGCCAGAGAUCGGAGCCCUGAUCCGGUCAGCCCGAAUCUGCUUCUUCAAGACGUUCAAGGUGCCGCGGACGGGCCACUUCCUCUUCGUCUGGCUGAUGGAGAGUAUGAGCGCCGUGGGCAUGGCCCUGCUGAUGUUCGUGGUUCUGCCCCAGAUAGACGCCAUCCAGGGCGCCAUGCUGACCAACUGCCUGUGCGUGGUGCCGGGCAUCUUCGGCCUCCUCUCGCGCACCUCCAAGGAGGGCAAGCGGUUCGUGAAGGUGAUCAUCGAUCUGGCGGCGGUGGCCGCCCAGGUGACUGGUCUUGUGAUCUGGCCACUGCUGGAAAACCGCCGGGAGCUGUGGGUCAUCCCGGUGGCCUGUGUGAUGAUCUCGUGCGGCUGGUGGGAGAACUACGUGUCGCCUCAGUCUCCACUGGGCCUGGUUCGUGUUUUGGGUCGCAUUAAGGAGGAGAUGAAGUACACCCGCUACUUCUGCCACAUGUUCCUCUCCAUCUGGAAGAUUCUGCUCUUCUUCACCGUCACCCUGCUGAUCUACUGGGCCCAGGGCGAGGAGCCCGGCAAUCUGUUCGCCAUGUACGGCGACGCCUUCGGCCCGCACAAAAUCAUCGUCUACGAACUGCCAGCUGGCCUAGGAGGCGUUCUUCCUGACACCCUCGAGUCGGCUAAUAUCGACACUGUGGACGUGGAUGCCGCCUACAACACGGUGGUCUAUGUCCUGCUCCUGCAGAUAUUCGGCGCCUAUUUGUGCUACAUCUUCGGCAAGUUUGCCUGCAAGAUCCUCAUCCAGGGAUUCAGCUAUGCCUUCCCCGUCAGUCUAACUGUUCCCCUGUCCGUCACGUUCCUGAUCGCCGCCUGUGGCAUCCGCAUCGACGACCCCUGCUUCUUCCACGACACCAUUCCGGAUUACCUGUUCUUCACGAGCCCCUCGAACUUCCGGUUCAACAACUUUGUCACCGAGCAAAUGGCCUGGGCCUGGAUCCUGUGGCUCCUCAGUCAGACCUGGAUAGCCCUGCACAUCUGGACGCCCAAGUGCGAACGUCUGGCCACAACCGAGAAGCUUUUCGUCCAGCCCAUGUACUCCUCCCUGCUGAUCGACCAGUCGAUGGCUCUCAACAGAAGGCGGGACGAUCAGGCGGAUGUGAAAACAGAGGAUCUUUCGGAAAUCGAGAAGGAAAAGGGCGACGAAUACUACGAGACCAUUUCGGUGCACACUGACCGCUCUUCGGCCCCCAAUAAACCGUCCAUUAAGUCGUCGGAUAACAUCACUCGCAUCUACUCCUGCGCCACCAUGUGGCACGAGACCAAGGACGAGAUGAUAGAGUUCUUGAAGAGCAUCAUGCGGAUGGACGAGGACCAGUGUGCUCGCCGAGUGGCCCAAAAGUAUCUGAGGGUCCUCGAUCCGGAUUACUACGAGUUCGAGACGCACAUCUUCUUCGACGACGCCUUCGAGAUCUCGGACCACAGCGAUGACGAUAUUCAGUGCAACCGGUUCGUUAAGCUCCUGAUCGCCACCAUGGACGAGGCUGCCUCUGAGAUUCACCAGACCACGAUCAGGCUGCGUCCGCCCAAGAAGUACCCCACUCCGUACGGAGGCCGCCUGGUGUGGACCCUUCCGGGAAAGACCAAGUUUAUCACUCAUUUGAAGGACAAGGACCGCAUUCGUCACAGGAAGCGCUGGUCGCAGGUCAUGUACAUGUACUACUUGCUGGGCCAUCGCCUCAUGGAGCUGCCCAUUUCGGUGGAUCGCAAGGAUGCGAUUGCGGAGAACACCUACCUGCUGACCCUGGACGGAGACAUUGACUUCAAGCCCAAUGCUGUCACCCUUCUGGUGGACUUGAUGAAGAAGAACAAGAACCUGGGAGCCGCCUGCGGUCGCAUUCAUCCCGUGGGCUCGGGACCCAUGGUGUGGUAUCAGUUGUUCGAGUACGCCAUCGGUCAUUGGCUGCAAAAGGCCACGGAGCACAUGAUUGGCUGUGUGCUCUGUUCCCCCGGAUGCUUCUCCCUGUUCAGAGGCAAGGCCCUCAUGGACGACAAUGUGAUGAAGAAGUACACCACGCGAUCGGACGAGGCUCGUCACUAUGUGCAGUACGAUCAGGGCGAGGACCGUUGGCUCUGCACGCUGCUCCUGCAGAGGGGCUAUCGGGUGGAGUACUCGGCCGCCAGUGAUGCGUACACCCACUGUCCCGAGGGCUUCAACGAGUUCUACAACCAGCGGCGCAGAUGGGUGCCCUCGACUAUUGCGAAUAUUAUGGACCUGCUGGCGGACGCGAAGCGCACAAUCAAGAUAAACGACAACAUAUCCCUGCUCUACAUCUUCUACCAGAUGAUGUUGAUGGGCGGUACCAUCCUGGGACCCGGAACCAUUUUCCUUAUGUUGGUGGGUGCAUUCGUGGCUGCCUUCCGCAUCGACAACUGGACCUCCUUCCACUACAACAUCGUUCCCAUCCUGGCCUUCAUGUUUAUCUGCUUCACCUGCAAGUCCAACAUCCAGUUGUUUGUGGCCCAAGUCCUGUCGACGGCAUAUGCCUUGAUCAUGAUGGCGGUGAUCGUGGGUACGGCCUUGCAGUUGGGGGAGGACGGAAUAGGUUCCCCCUCGGCCAUUUUCCUGAUAUCCAUGGUGGGCUCAUUCUUCAUAGCCGCAUGUUUGCAUCCACAAGAGUUCUGGUGCAUAACAUGCGGCUUGAUCUACUUGCUGUCCAUCCCGUCCAUGUACCUGCUGCUCAUCCUGUACUCGAUCAUCAACCUGAACGUCGUCUCCUGGGGAACCCGGGAGGUGGUGGCCAAGAAGACCAAGAAGGAGCUGGAGGCGGAGAAGAAGGCCACCGAGGAGGCGAAGAAGCGGGUCAAGCAGAAGAGCAUGCUCAGCUUCCUGCAGAGUGGAAUCGGAGACAAUGGGGACGAGGAGGGUUCCGUGGAGUUCUCGCUCGCCGGACUCUUCCGCUGCAUUUUCUGCACCCACGGGAAGACCUCCGAUGAAAAGCAGCAGCUUACCUCCAUCGCCGAGUCGCUGGACUCGAUCAAAACCAGGAUGGACACCAUCGAGAGUGCUGUGGAUCCCCACGGCCAUCAUGCCAAUCGACACGGAAGGAGGAGAACCACCUCCAGUGGCUCCAAGGAUCACCACUUGCUCACCUCGGUGGCGGAGAAGUCUGGAGAUGAGUCGGACGAAUCGGAUUCGGACACUUCUGCAGAACCGAAGCAGGAGCGCGACUUCCUGACCAACCCAUACUGGAUCGAGGAUCCGGAUGUGCGCAAGGGCGAGGUCGACUUCCUCUCGAGCUCGGAGAUCCAGUUCUGGAAGGACCUCAUUGACCAAUAUCUCUACCCCAUUGACAAUGAUCCAGUGGAGCAGGCCCGCAUAGCCACGGAUCUCAAGGAACUGCGCGACUCGUCGGUGUUCGCGUUCUUCAUGAUCAACGCACUGUUCGUGCUGAUCGUGUUCCUGCUGCAGCUGAACAAGGACAACAUUCACGUGAAGUGGCCUUUCGGAGUGCGGACGAACAUCACCUACGACGAGUCCACCCAGGAGGUCCACAUCUCCAAGGAGUAUCUGCAGCUGGAACCGAUUGGUCUGGUGUUCGUGUUCUUCUUUGCCCUUAUUUUGAUAAUUCAGUUUACGGCCAUGUUGUUCCAUCGCUUCGGAACCAUCUCGCAUAUCUUGGCCUCAACUGAACUGAACUUCUGCAAAAAGAAAUCCGAGGAUCUUACACAGGAUCAACUAAUAGAUAAGCAUGCUGUAGAGAUCGUGAAGAACUUGCAGAGACUACAAGGCAUCGAUGGGGAUUACGACAAUGAUUCCGGUUCCGGGCCAGAUCGAAUAGCUAGGAGAAAGACCAUCCAAAAUCUGGAGAAGGCGCGUCAGCCGCGUCGCCAAAUCGGCACCCUGGAUGUGGCUUUCAAGAAGCGGUUCCUGAAACUCACCGCUGAUGCGGAGAACAAUCCGGCCACGCCCAUUCUCACCCGACGCCUCACAAUGCGAGCGGAGACAAUCAGGGCAUUGGAGGUGCGGAAGAAUUCAGUAAUGGCCGAAAGGAGGAAGUCCGCCAUGCAGACACUGGGUGCGAAGAACGAGUACGGGAUUACCACUGGGGCACCGGUCAACAACAAUGGGGCUCUGCCCAAUCAACGAAGCGGACGCGUUUCGAAUGCCGGCAUCAGCAUCAAGGAUGUAUUUAAUGUAAACGGAGGUGCUGCGGAGCAAAUUUACGGCUCGAAUGGGGGCGGGACGAUCAACCAGGGCUACGAGCACGUGAUUGACGAGGACGGCGAUGGCAACUCCCUGCGCCUGACCACCCGGAACCCUCACCCACAUCACCAGGUUUCCUGGAGCCAGAACACCAACGGCGGCAAUGGUACAGGUCGCUUGUGAAUCACCCGUACAUCCUAGACGUAGUGCUAAGCUAGACCUAGAAAACUUGUUAACGAAUUCCGCCUCUUUCCAUAAACUGCCUAAACGUAAGACUAAGCCAA